GUCUGCAACAUCCAUCUUCGUUUUCAUCUUCCUUCAGGCGUGAUAGAACUCGGAUGGCUGGAGUUUUAGAAUGGGGAAUAGUCAGCCUACUUCUGUGGGAUUGUCUAAUGAUGCUGUUGUGAGUCAAAUACAGGAGAUGAUUUCAGACAACUGUGUGGUGAUUUUCUCCAAAACAACAUGCGUCUACUGCAAAAUGGCAAAAAAAGUUUUUGAGGGUAUGAAUGUAAAUUAUACAGCUGUAGAACUGGACAUGAAUGCAAAUGGAAGUCAGUUCCAAGACAUUCUUGAACAGAUGACUGGUGGCAGAACAGUCCCAAGAGUGUUUGUCAAUGGGUCUUUUGUUGGAGGUGCUACAGAUAUUCAGAAGCUUCACGAGGAAGGCAAACUGCUUCCAUUAGUUCAUCAAUGUCAAAAAAAUCUUGGACAGCCAUCUACUUAGCUUAGUCUUCCUUUCUAUACGCAGGAUGUCAGGCAACUCAGAAGACUGCAAAGAGAUGCUGCAUCAGCUGGACUCAAGAACUUCAAAACAUAGAUAUCUGAAUCCUAGAUCAUUCUCUGUCACAGACGUUAUGGACUUGGCAAAUUACUUGGUGUCCUUUCCUCAGCUUUACCACGAUGGUGAUAAAAAACAAUGUAACUCUUGGGGUUUUAAGUGUGAGAUAUAGUGAUGUAAUUUUAUUGCUGUUCCAUCCUCAUACUAUGCUUCAGGGAAGUAUUGACUGGAGAAGAAUAAUCCUGUAAAUUUUUUUAUGAAGAUUAGUUUUUCUUUUUAGCUUCAUUCCAACAGGCAAAAAUGAAAGAUCAGUUUAAUGAUUCCUUUAAAUUUAAUUCUUCUCUAUCAAAUGGCAUUCAUAAAGACAGUAGGAAGCAAAACAAAUUGGUAUGAUACUGCUGUAGGCUUGUCUGCCUCUCCUCCAUUUCAGUGCCUGAUCACCUAGCUACCAAAGUGUAUGUCCAGUUGCUACAGAAAAGGGAAUAAAGAUUCAUGCAGCUCAUUUUCACUCUCCCCUGUCAAGUCUAUACUAUGUCAUUCAGGAAUAUCCUCCUAGAAAAGCCAGACAGUUUGCUGUCCCUAAACUGUGCAAGCUAUCUUACAAGCAAUCCAGCACUAUUAUGAAACCUAAGACCAGGUAAAAUGGGUCUAAUAUGCAUAGAAUUUAUUUAGUACUUAAAUUCUACAGUCAGAAUGCACUUGACUAGCGGUUUUCACUUGCAGUUAAAUGUCUACAAGAAAUGCCUAAAAUUCAAUAGUUUCAGUACAAUGUACAUCCAAAGCCAGACCAGGCAAUGCCAAGACUCUUGGUUAUUUCAAGAAAGUUCAUAUGCAAGUAGAAAAUUGUUUCCCACUCUUCAGUAAAAGAGACCAUUACACUACUAAAGGUGCACAGUUUCAAAUAAAAACAUUAGUCAAUGAAUUUGUUACUCCUUGUGAAUAAGGUUCUUGCUAUUUCCAUUUCUUUCAGCAUUGCAUGCAUCUAAACUUUACCCCCCGCCCCGCUUCAAGGGGAAAAAAGCAUCACAUUUAUCUUCAAAUCCAGAUAACCAGGAUUGUAAGAGUUUAAUUUAAAAUUCGACAGCUUUCUUUUUGUGAUGUGGGUUUGAAGUAAGUUUAAACUGCAUUAUUUGUUGGAAUUCUUUAGUAUACAGUUGUCUGCACCAUGCAUCUUUAAUGUGGAAUGAGCUAAUUAAAAACACUGACCUCAUUACAUUUUUAUUAUUGUGGUUUACUGUAUUUUGAUAGUUUCGUCACUGCCUUAUUCAAAUCUUGUGUACAAGGACACACUCAUCAAGGUAAACACAAAGGUGAAUCUCUCCCUAAUUUUAUAUUUA